UCAAAGUUAUGUCAAUUAAAAUUUGAUUUGCAGGUGAAACGCGAGUAGAAACUGUUAUUGCGUUUACGGAUCUUUGAGUACUUGCGUGGUGAAAUUAGUCAUUAUUUGGGCUAAUUCACUUUCAGAGAUGUAAGCAAAAGAACGCAGACUGACUUUUUAUCUCUGCAUUGUGUUACUUGAAAAGUGAAUAAUAUUAGAAAGAAGUCGCUCUGUUUUGACUUUACAUUUGUCAAGGAGAAUAAUAUAUCAUUCUCUUUUUACAUGAAACCCAUGGGACGUUUUUAAAUUACAAAAUGUCGCAUCGAGUCGCGCGGCGGCGGUGUUGUCAAAGAAACAGUAAAAUUUACACCAUCUAUAAUGACAUACGGGGUUCGUACUGGAGAACAGUUCGGCGACGGGAGUGGACCACAGACGGGGAGCUAAGCAAAGCAUGUAAUAACAUAAAUGUUUGGUCAUAUUUAAUUCUCUGCGAAAGCAUACAGGAUAUCUAUUGAUUUGUGUUGAGUAUUUAAUGGAAUAUUUGAAAUACAAUAAUGUGGAAUGAAUACUGUAGGAAGAGACGGAGAUAUGUGUGGUCAUGUCUCCAUGUUGUCUUUCUCCUUUCUCUUUGUGAACGGACUUUUCAAAUCCGAUACUCCAUUCAGGAGGAAUCACCGCUCGGAACUGCAGUUGGCAAUGUAGCUAAAGACAUUGGAUUGGAUACAAGCCGGCUACUGGAUCGGAACCUGCGUAUUGUUAGUGGAACAAAACAGGAUCUUUUCCAGGCAAACCAGAGAGACGGCGCUUUGUUCGUGAACCAGAGGAUAGACAGAGAGGACCUUUGCGGUAAAACGACUCCAUGUUUGAUUAACCUGAAAGCUUUGAUAGAGAACCCACUGGAAAUGCAUCACAUUACUGUAGAGAUUUUGGAUGUGAACGAUAAUUCCCCGAGUUUCCCGGAUAAAGAUUAUCAUUUAGAAAUACCCGAAUUGACGGUGAUCGGAGCGCGAUUCCAGUUGGAAGGAGCGCAGGACCCAGAUAUCGGACUGAAUACUCUGCGAUCAUAUAAACUUAGUCAGAAUAAUUACUUUAAUUUGGAAAUAGAGGAAUUAAGCGAGAACACUAAAAUUCCAUUUAUAAUACUCAAAGCACCUUUAGACCGAGAAAUUAUUCCACAAUACAACAUGCAGAUUACGGCUAUGGACGGUGGCAGUCCGACUAAGUCUGGUUCUUUAAAUAUUUCGGUUAAUGUUUUGGAUGCUAAUGAUAACGCGCCUGUAUGUGGAAAGGACAAAUAUUAUGUCACCAUUGCUGAGAAUGUACCAUUGGGCACUGUGUUAAUUCAAGUAAAUGCAUCCGAUCCUGACGAAGGAGUUAAUGGUGAGGUUGAAUAUACCUUUCGAAGUAAAUUCAAGGGCAAAACGUCUGAAGUUUUUCUUCUAAACAACAAAACGGGUGAAAUACAAAUAAAUGAUGUGAUUGAUUUUGAAACGAAAAAGAUUCAUGAGAUUAAAGUUCAAGUAUCUGAUAAGGGAUCUUCACCAAUGACUUCCUACUGCAAUGUGUUUGUGAAAGUGGAGGAUGUGAAUGAUAACAAGCCUGAAAUAGACAUCGCCUCUUUAUCCGGCCAGAUUCCUGAGAACGCGCCUUUAGGGACCGUGGUAGCGCUGAUUGGAGUAACAGACCUGGAUUCAGGUAUCAACGGGCGGGUAUUUUGUACAUUACCCGAAGACUUGCCGUUUGAGUUGAAACCUUCCACCGAGGGAAACUUUUAUUCAUUAGUGACAAAUGGCAACUUAGACAGGGAGUCAGUACCACAGUAUGAUAUAACAAUAACAGCGAUGGAUAUGGGGACCCCUUCAUUAUCGUCUGUUAAGACAAUCCGGGUGGAAUUAUCAGACAUUAAUGACAACAGUCCGGUCUUCUCACAGAGUCCCUACACCUUUAACAUAAUGGAAAACAACGAACCUGGUGCGUCAAUAUUUGCCAUCAGCGCCACUGAUGCUGAUGAAAAUGAAAAUGCUCUCCUUUCAUAUUCAUUUGGGACUGUAAUUUCAAGUCAAAGUGCAAUAUCUUUCUUGAACAUUAACCCCGAUAAUGGUAUUAUUCAUGCAUUGAAAAGCUUUGAUUUUGAAAUAAUGAAAACUUUCCGGUUCCAAGUAGUAGCUAAAGACUCCGGAACUCCAUCACGAAGCAGCAACGUCACGGUGAACGUGUUCAUCCUGGAUCAGAACGACAACGCUCCGGUCAUCCUGUCCCCAGUCAGUACUAAUGGAUCCACUGAGGGUGUGGUGGAGAUUCCCCGCAAUGCAAACGCAGGUCAUUUGGUGACUAAAGUAAGAGCCUAUGAUCCUGAC